AUGAAAACCUGUGCAGAGGUGUACCAAAAUACCAUCCUAACAAACAAAGUGGAACUUCUUUCUCAAACAAUGUUCAAAAACAGACAUUGGAUAUUCCAACAGGACUCUACACCAGCUCAUAGGGCACGAAGCACGCAAAACUCGGUGACGGCCCAUGGAAUUGACUUUAUCGGACAUGAAGACUGGCACUCUUCUAGUCCAGAUUUAAGCCCACUGGAUUUUAAGAUAUGGCAACAUUUCGAGGGGAAAGUCUGCGCUAAAUCUCAUCAGAAUUUGGAAUCUCUACGGAGCAUCUUUGGCUAA